AUGAGAGGCAAGGGUACUUCUUCAGCCGUCUUUUCACCAACCGACGCCUCCUACUACAACCUUGGGUCCUUUCACCGCUUGGUGAGCACGACCAGCAAGGAUGCCCAGCUUUGGUUCGAUCGCGGCCUGACGUGGGCGUAUGCCUUCAACCACGAGGAGUCGGCGCGAUGUUUCGAAAGGGUCAUCAACUACGACCCAUUUUGCGCUAUGGCGUAUUGGGGCCUUGCCUUCGUCCUGGGACCCAACUACAACAAGCCAUGGAAGGUUUUCGAUGGCGAGGAUCUCGCCACCACAACUAAACGAGCUCAUCGUGCUAUUAUGCAAGCCAAAGACCAUUCUGCCAAUGCAUAUCCCGUUGAGAUCGCCUUGAUCAACGCUCUUCUUUGCCGAUAUCCUCAAGAGAUACCCGCAGAGGACUGUUCCAAAUGGAAUCAGGAUUAUGCUCAAGCCAUGGACUCCGUUCUGAAAGCCUAUCCCGACGAUCUUGACGUGGUCUCACUGUGGACAGAUGCCACGAUGAACGUUACACCGUGGAAGUUGUGGGACUACAAGACCGGAAAGCCGACCCCAGGAGCAAGAACCCUUGAGAUCAAAGACGUAAUGGACCGGACCUUUAAACUUGAAGGCUCUCUUCGACAUCCCGGUCUUCUUCACCUGUAUAUCCAUCUCAUGGAGAUGUCACCCACCCCUGAGGCGGCUCUCACGAUAGCAGACAACCUGCGUGGUCUUGUUCCAGACGCAGGGCACUUGGAGCACAUGCCUACCCACUUGGAUAUCUUGUGCGGUCAAUAUCGCCGGGCCAUCGCCUCGAAUUCGGACGCUAUCCGAGCAGACUCCAAGUUCCUCGCCAAGGAAGGCCCUCUCAACUUUUACACACUCUACCGCUCGCAUGACUUCCACUUUAGGCUGUACGCCGCGAUGUUGUGCGGGCAGUCCAAGGUUGCUAUUCAGACCAUUAAUGAGCUCGAGUCGACGCUUUCCGAGGAUCUGUUGCGGGUCGAGUCCCCACCAAUGGCCGACUGGUUGGAGGGCUUUUUGGGUAUGCGGAUGCACGCGCUCAUCCGAUUCGGUCGUUGGGAUGAUAUUCUGGCUCUCAAACUCCCUCACGAUCCCAAGCUCUACUGCACUACCGUCGCCAUGACGCAUUACGCCAAGGGGGUAGCCCUCGCUGCGACCGGGCGUGUCGAGGAGGCAGAGAAGGAACGAGUACUUUUCGCCGAGGCUGUAAAGCUUGUGCCAUCGUCACGAACAGUAUUCAACAACGCCUGCCAGGAGACUCUUGCCAUAGCCGAGGCAAUGUUGGACGGCGAAUUAGCAUACCGAAAGGGAGACUAUGAAAACGCGUUCGCGCACUUACGAAAGUCGGUGGCGAGGGAUGACGCUUUGCCAUACGACGAGCCUUGGGGCUGGAUGCAGCCGACGCGCCACGCUCUUGGAGCCUUGCUUCUAGAGCAAGGCCACGUCAAGGAUGCUGCCGAUGUGUACAGCGCUGACCUUGGAAUUGACGAGUCCUUGCCUCGGGCACAAAGACACCCGAAUAACGUCUGGGCCUUACACGGGCUGUACGAGUGUCUUGUAAAACUGGGUCGAACAGACGAAGCCAGGAUUCUGAAACCGCAGUUGACCUUGGCUUUGGCGGUAGCGGAUGUCCCUAUCAAGUCGUCUUGCUUCUGUAGACGAAAGACUGUUGAUUGA